UCAAUAUUGCACCACAUGUUGGACAAGGAUCUCGAAUGCCUGCUACUCGACCAUCGUCAGCUUUAGGGAACUACACGAGGAUGCCAAACAUCAAAGUAUUUAGUGGCAGCUCUCACACGGACCUUGCCCAGAAGAUAUGUGACCGUCUUGGUAUAGAACCAGGAAAAGUUGUCACAAAAAAAUUCAGCAAUGGAGAAUGUUGCGUGGAGAUUGGGGAGUCUGUACGAGGGGAGGAUGUGUACAUUGUACAAAGUGGCUGUGAUGAGGUCAAUGAUAUGCUAAUGGAACUUCUCAUUAUGAUCAAUGCCUGUAAGAUCGCCUCAGCCUGUCGUGUGUCAGCAGUCAUCCCAUGUUUCCCCUAUGCCAGACAGGAUAAAAAGGAUAAGAGUCGAGCCCCAAUCUCUGCCAAACUUGUUGCAAACAUGUUAUCAACAGCAGGUGCUGACCAUAUCAUCACCAUGGAUCUCCAUGCUUCACAAAUUCAGGGUUUUUUUGAUAUUCCUGUUGACAAUCUGUAUGCUGAGCCAGCUGUUCUGAAAUGGAUCAAAGACAACAUCCAGGAAUGGAGAAACAGCUGCAUUGUCUCCCCUGAUGCAGGGGGUGCUAAAAGGGUGACAUCUAUCGCUGAUCGUCUCAAUGUAGACUUUGCUCUCAUCCACAAGGAACGCAAGAAAGCUAAUGAAGUAGCAUCCAUGGUUCUUGUGGGUGAUGUAAAGGAGCGCAUUGCCAUCUUGGUGGAUGACAUGGCUGACACCUGUGGAACUGUCUGUCAUGCUGCAGAAAAACUAUUAGAAGCUGGUGCAACAAAAGUAUAUGCAGUCUGUACACAUGGAAUAUUCUCUGGUCCUGCAAUAUCUCGUAUCAACAACUCCAUGUUUGAAGCCAUGGUAGUCACCAAUACCAUUCCUCAGGAAGAGAGAAUGAAGAAUGCCCCAAAGAUUCAGUGUAUUGAUAUUUCCAUGAUGCUCGCUGAAGCGAUUCGAAGGACUCACAACGGUGAGAGUGUCUCCUACCUCUUUACUCAUGUUCCACUCUGAUGACAAGUCUUUAAAGCUUUCUGAGUAGAUCUUUAUGGACAAUAACUAAACUGAAAAUGAACUGAUGAAGCUAUCAUUGAUGUCAAGACGGACGCAGAUGAAGCAUUGCCAGUAAAAAUUGACACAAGAUCCCUGAAAAGACAAUAUUCUAUAGAUAUUAUAUGUAACAGUAUUGUGUUUUGUUUAACUUUAUUGAAGCAGCAGAUGUUGAUAGGUUGUAAGUCUCAGCUUUAAACCUUUAUGUAGAGUCUGUAGUGUUAAUGCUGUAUAUUAUGACUGUGUAUAUAACAAUGAUAGUGUUAGUGGUGGUCAGGAGAUCAUUAUCUACACAAUCUUUUUUCUUAUGAUAAUCUUUAGUCAUUAUUGUCAGAGAUAAUUCAGAGAAACACUGAUUUUAUGUUAAGUGCCACAUUAAUUAAGUAUUUUCAUUUACAAAAGUAUUCUCAUUUUUAAGUCCUUGUAGAUACAAAGAGAAUAUACUUUUAUUAAGGUUUUAGAUUAAAACCUGUCUGUAGUGACCACUAUAGAGUGGUAGUAGAAAAUGAACCUAUAGAAAGAGUAGUUAUAUAAAGAUGGACAUGAGGGCAAGUUUGAAAGUAGAUAUUGGUCCCAAUAGACAAGGAAUAAUUGUAUAAAUGAGGCAUUGAAAUGACGAGUAAAUCUCUUCUCCCAUAAUAACUUACCUGGAUGCAAUUUUACUCAGCAAAACAUUGUGUUUAAAUGUCCUGUGUAACAGGUUGUGUGUACUGUCAGUAUAAAACUGACACUAAAGCUGUAUGCAAGUUUUUCUGCCAUUAUUAGUCCCUUUUGUUCAAGUUAGUUGGAAUUUUAAAUAAAGAUGAAAAUCCCAACCACGUAUAGCUCUCUAUAAUAGUAAUAAGGAAGUGGUGAAAACUGUCUACAAUGGGAUAAGAAAACUAUUCAUUUUACUAUUUUGGCUAACCAAAGAUAUUGUAUAUACAACUUUACCUGAGUAUCACCCAGCUGAAUCCCAAAGAUCUGUCAAAGAUAUGGCUCUUGUUAAGUUCCUCCUAGAAUGUUGUCACGUCAUGACCGCCAUUUCUUUCUGUUUUAAUCAUUGUAAAUUUCAGUUUUUCUGUUCCGUCAUUAAUGUGCUACAUGUAGUUUUUCUUGUCCUUAUAAGGGAGAUAACUAUCACUCUCCUACGUGAUAGUGUAUAAGUUAGAAAUACAUCAAAGGUGUUUGAAAGAGUGUGAAAGUGAUACCAUGUAAGAGAUAACUUAUCACUCCCUUGUGUGAUAGUAUACAACUGAUUAACAUGUGUGAAAUAUGUAUAUGUAUAAUUAUAAUGUGUAAUCAAUUUUGUUUUUUCUUGAAUUAAAUAAAAGAAUUAAUUAACAAAAAAGAUGAGAGUAUGUCGAUGCAAACUGAAUCUUUCUAAUGGAUCUACAUAUCUGACUUAAGAUAUAUUUCUGUGUAUCGGGGAUGUAUUUUCUAUGGAUCAUUGGAAACUUGUGUUUUGUGUAAUAGGGAUUAAUUUCUGAGGAUCUGAUGAUGUGUAUAUUUCGUGUAAAGGGGGAUGUAUUUUCUGUGGAUAUGUGGAAACUUUUGUUAUGUGUUUAGCGGACAUAUCAUUUGGGCAACAAAUUAAUUAAAAUUUUAUAAAAAGUUAUAUGAAAUUUAUAAGUUACAAAUCACAACAACUUGAAUGAUGGAAGAUCAUUUAUCUCUGAUAUACUAGCUAAUGAAAAUACAACUGUGUGUCUCCAAUGUGCGACACCACUAACUUGGAAUGGGGCUUUGGUAGCAGUACACAGUUUCUCGGUGUGGCUAUGGGUGAUAUUUUUGUUCAUUAGAUUACCCCAUUAUAAAGGUUUUACUAAAAAUUUAAAAAUAAAUCCUUGCUAAUAUUGGUCCAGUCAUGUAGAAGUGGACAAUGUGGGAAUUCAUUUUUUUCAGAGUAAUGUUUUAGCUUUGUGUUGGGCAGUCUCGAAUCUUUGUCUACGCACCAAAAAUCAGCUUUACAGGAAGUGAAAUUUUCAUAGUGUUUGCAUGUGGUCAUGUUAUGAAGGAUUUCGAGUUAGAUUUUGCUGAAAUGUAAGUAGUUUGUUACUAUGACAGUGUUGUUGAUUUUGAGACAGGUGUUUAGAAAUUAAUUUCUUCUAUAAAGUUGAAUUGUUAGGUUGGAAUAAGCAAUAUUUUUGCAUUUUUAGUAUUUUUCAGUAAGUAACACUGGCAAUCACAUGUCAGAAAUUUACACAAAUUUUAUCUCUCUGCUAUUAAUUGUUAUGUAGUUUAUAAAUAUAUAUACAUGUAAUGAUGUAUUUUUCAUAACAAGCUGCUAUACCUGUAUAUCUCAAACAUUACCAAUAAUUUCAGGAAAAAUGCAAAUUUACUGUUUCCUGCUACCUUUGGUGGACAGUGAUACAGACUUCUGAUCUCACCAAACUGAUGAAAUUUUUGUGGUUUGAAGAUAUAACUUGAGAUGUUUUCGUGAUCCAAAUUCUCAUACAUUUAUUAUGUAGAUCAGUGUAAACAAUUCCUCUUUAUUUUUGCAUUUGCCAGUUAAGUAGCAGUGAUAAAUUCAAAUUGUGUUUUUUUUUUUUGCUGAACAUCAGUUAUCUGUUUAGAAGUACAGCCAUACAGUUGUCUCUAAUACUGAUACAUAACAAUUUCAUAGACACUAUGUCCAUGACAAUUUUUACUAAAAUGUGAAGCCUGUCAUGAUAAAUCCUAUAUUAAGUUGGAUUAGACCAUGUGUCAUUAUUUAUGGAUGUCAACACAGUCGGUAGUAAGUCACAGAUUACUGUCUUAUUUUGUUACAUACACACGUAUACCGGUAACUAACUUUGGAAUGUUUUGUUUUAAUUUCCCUCUGUAACUCUGAUAAUUCAAACAUUGCAUUCCCGUCCAAUUUACAAUCCAAAAAACCUUUCAGUUCAAUUUUGAUUAAUCAGUACUAAAAAAAAUCAGUGUUUCAAAUUUUGUUGUUUGAAAAAAAAAAACAUUAAAAAAUCUAUCAAC